AUGCCCAACAAGUCCUCGGCCAGUGCAGCUUUUGUAGCCCAGGAUGAACGCCAAGAGGGCUUCACCCACGUCUUACUCAUCACCACAGGCAGUGUUGCGUCCGUGAAAGCGCCUCUGAUUGUGAAGCAAAUAUUGAAGUAUGAUCACGUCAAAGUGGAAGUAGUGGCCACCAGGCCUUCGCUCGCCUUCUACUCGACGGAAGAUAUCACAAAGGCUGGAAGCAGGGUCUGGACCGAUGCGGACGAGUGGAGAGGAGGCUACACCAUUGGCGACCCUAUUCUGCAUAUUGAGCUCCGCCGUUGGGCAGACAUCGUGCUCGUCGCGCCAUGUUCCGCGAACACUCUGUCGAAGAUUGCGUACGGCGCUUGCGACAAUCUUGCAACCUCUCUCCUCCGCGCGCUCUCGCCAACAACACCUACAUAUGUCUUUCCCGCAAUGAACACGCUGAUGUACGAGCAUCCUCUGACGGCAGAGCACCUGCGCAUCGUGGGCGAGGUGGUUGGGUACGAGGUGGUGGGGCCAAUAGGCAAGACGCUGGCGUGCGGGGAUGUUGGUAUGGGCGCAAUGACAGAGUGGCUGGAGAUUGUGCAGAUUGUAGUGGACCGGUUUGGACUUGGCCUGAAGGAUGUCGGAGGCGUCACCCAACAGUCGCAAGCUUGA